GGAGUCUGGCGGGGGGGUGUGAGUAAGGGAAGGAGGUGAAGCCGCGCACGGCCCCCCCCCGCCUCCUCACGCUCAGCCAAUGGGCGCGGAGGGAAAGCCCUCGUGCCGCUGCCGCCCCCGCGGGAGCCCCCCUUUUAAAAUCGAGCGGCGGCGGCGGGAAGCGGCUCUGGCGCAGGCAGGCGGAGCGCCGCGGGAUGUCCGCCGCUCGCGCGGCCAGGGGCUGAGGCGGGCGGGGGCCGGGAGGUCGCCGGGCGGCAGCGGCGAGCGGGAGCGGUGCGCGGGCGAGGGUCUUGCGCCCGCUCCGGCACGCGGCUGAGGAUGGCGCCGGUGAGCGAGCAGCUGGCGCCGCAAGGCGCGGGGGACAGCGCCGCCGCCCCGCUCCCCGACCCACCGGCGGCGGCGGCGGCGAUAGUAGUGGAGCCGCGGAGGCAGAAUGGCAGCGACUGGUGCCCCGGUAGCGAUGGUCCGGCUGCGCUGGGCGGUGCGGACGAGGCCCAGCCGCGUGCGGUGACGGAGGCCCCCGGGACCGCGGCGCCUGAGCCCCCCGAGGGCGGCUGGGGCUGGGUGGUGAUGCUAGCCGCCAUGUGGUGCAACGGCGCCGUCUUCGGCAUCCAGAACUCAUGCGGAGUCCUCUUCGUCUCCAUGCUCCAGCUCUUCGGCAGUGCCGAGGACAAGCAGCUGGCAUUCAAAACAGCAUGGGUUGGCUCUCUUUCUAUGGGAAUGGUCUUCUUCUGUUCUCCCAUAGUCAGCAUAUUCACAGACCUCUUUGGUUGUCGAAAAGUAGCUGUUGUUGGAGCUGCAGUAGGGUUUGCUGGACUCCUUGCAAGCUCUUUUGUGAGCACCAUUGAACCUCUCUACUUCACCUAUGGAAUCUUAUUUGCCUGUGGCUGCUCCUUUGCCUACCAGCCAUCCUUGGUCAUUCUGGGGCACUACUUCAAGAAGCGCCUUGGACUGGUGAACGGCAUCGUCACCGCAGGCAGCAGCCUGUUCACCGUGUCACUGCCCUUCCUGCUCAGAGUUCUGAUCGACUCUGUUGGCCUCUACAACACCCUGAGGGUCCUGUGCAUCCUCAUGUUUGUUCUGUUCCUGGCUGGCUUUACCUACAGACCCCUUAUUCCCAGUGCCAAAGACAACGAGGGGGGAAAGAAGGGAAAACUCAGAUUAUCUUCUGAAAAGAAGAUUUGCAAUUUCUCCGUUUUCAAAGGUCUCAGCUACAGAAUCUGGGCUUUUGGGAUCCCAGCUGCACUUUUUGGAUACUUUGUGCCUUAUGUUCACUUGAUGAAGCAUGUGGAGGACAGAUUUGGUGACAGCGUGCCAGAAGAAGUGCUUCUGCUGUGUCUGGGCAUUACUUCAGGAGUUGGCAGACUGAUCUUUGGCAGAGUUGCAGAUUAUGUUCCUGGUGCAAAGAAAGUUUAUUUGCAGGUGGCUUCAUUCUUCUUUAUUGGUCUGAUGUCUAUGAUGAUUCCACUCUGCCACGUCUUCGGAGGUCUCAUUGCUGUAUGUCUCUUCAUGGGCCUGUUUGAUGGGUGCUUCAUUUGCAUUAUGGCUCCUAUUGCCUUUGAGCUUGUUGGGGCUGAAGAUGUCUCCCAGGCCAUAGGAUUUCUACUCGGACUCAUGUCAGUUCCUAUGACAGUUGGGCCACCUAUUGCAGGUUUGCUGCGUGAUCGCCUGGGCACUUAUGACGUAGCCUUCUACCUGGCGGGCGUCCCUCCCAUCAUUGGUGGAGUUAUAUUGUGUUUCAUCCCCUGGGUCCAUGAAAGGCAGAAGUUAAAAGAAAGAGCAAAACCUGUUGAUAAGGAAACUACUGAGAAAAUGCUGGACAAUGAAAGCACUUUGGUGUCAGACACUACAGCCAAGUCACUCAAAGAAAUGGAAUCUGGCUUUUGAUGCUUUCUUUUCCCUCUACCAGCCCAACUUUCCUCUACAGAAGCUAGAAUUGUAACUUUUGGAAGAUGCUAUAUGAUACUGAAGAAAUCCUAAACUUGCUCUACGAAUCUUUUUUACCAUUGAAGGGUGGUUUGUUUAUUUUUUGGGUGAGCUGUUGAGUUUGAUUUCAAGCCAGGUUUCCCAAGUAUUUGAAGUUUUGUAGCAUUAGUGUGUACGUGCGUAGUGAUUCUGUGUGUGGAGAGAGUUCUUCUAAUUCAUCACAACCUGCUUCUGGAAGCGUGAAUGGUUUGGUUCACUGACCCAGCAUUCUUCAAUCAAUUUAUUUUUUUGUUAUUUAUCAUGCAUCCACUGCAGGCACCACCUGUAGGUGUUUAUACUGGGAAAUGUAGUAGCUUUUAAGCCUGAGUUGUCUUUUUCACGCUGUUUUACAGCAUUUUGCAAUUCUGUGACACAAACACUCAUCUUUGUGAUCCCCUCAGUGCUGGCUGAAAUCAGUUUGCAUUAGAAAGCUAAAUUAUUAAACAUCUCUUUUAUUUUCUCUAGUUGCCCCUGCCUGCUCAGUUUGCUUUAAACGCUCACCUGCUUGGCAGUCACCUUUCCACAGUAGCCCAAAGAAAAGAACCGAACUACUUGAAAGGAGGUUUUAGCCAGGUCCAGGUGGGUAUCAGCCUCUUCUGCCAGGCAACCAGCAACAGAACAAGAGGACACAGUCUCAAGCUGCACCAGGGCAGGUUUAGGCUGGAUGUUGGGAAGAAGUUCUUCACAGAAGGAGUGAUUUGUAUUGGAAUGGGCUGCCUGGGGAGGUGGUGGAGUCACCAUCCCUGGAGGUGUUCCAAAGGGUAAGGCACUUGGUGCCAUGGGUUAGAUAAUUAGAAGUGCUGGACGACAGGCUGGACUCAAUGAUCUCAAAGGUCUUUUCCAACCUGGUUAAUUCUGUGAUUUAAGGAUGAGAUUUUUUUUUUUUUUUUUGAUGGGCACAGGUUUUGAGCAAACUAAACUGUGAGUGCAAACAUUCAGAAGUCAAGCUGCUGAAUGCUGGCUCUUAAAAAACUCUUUAAAUUAGGUGAAGAUGAUCCUGGUAAUGUGUUUGUGUACACUACUUUUUCAGCUAGACAUCAGAACAGCUAAUAGCUUUGAAACUGUACUGACAGUGACACUUUGGAGCAGUAUUGUGCAUUAGACUUAAGUUUCAAACUAUUCUGUUGUACUUGUUAAGUGUUUUUUUGUUUUUUUUUUUUUUUAUUCUUCAAACCAAGACAGCUUUAAAGUAUACAUUCUAAGUGCAAUAAGUUGUUUUUAACAUGGGAGUACACAAGCUACUAUGAAGACAUUCAUCAGUUAAAUAUUUUUGCACUAAAUGAACAUGCAGGUAUAAUUAAAGGUCUUUAUAGCUGUGUUCA